AUGGACCAGUGCCCCAUACCUACCUUGCUGGAACAUGGCAACUUCUCUCAGGUCCUGUUUAACAAUGUGGAGAAGUUCUAUGUUCCUAGAAGAGAUAUCAUGUGCUAUUACACCCUCACUGAAAAGUUCAUCCCUUGACUCGAGGACUGGAUUGGCAUCUUUAAAGUAGGGUGGAAGACCACUCAGGAGUAUUAUACCUUCAUGUGGGCUCCCUUGCCAAAAGACCAAAACAAGGAUUCAGCCACACAGCAGGAAAUCCAAUUCAAAGCUUAUUACCUUCCCAAGGAUGUGGAGNGCUACCAGUUCUGCUAUGUGGAUGAAGAUGGUUUGGUCCGGGGAACAAGUGUCCCUUUCCAGUUCUGUCCAGACCCUGACGAGGACAUAAUGGUUGUUCUUGAUAAGGAAAAGGUAGAAGAGAUGGAACAGCGCAGCAAGGAGCUUUACCAAGAAAACCAGGAGCUGAAAGACAAGUGCAUUGACCUCCAUGAGCAGCUACAGAGGACGCAGGUGGCACUGGAAGCAACACAGAGGGUCAAUAAGACCUUAGAACAGGAAGUGGAAGAGAAGGCCUCCUGGGAGGAAGAGAAGACCUCCUGGGAGGAAGAGAAGACCUCCUGGGAGGAAGAGAAGGCCUCCUGGGAGGAAGAGAAGGCCUCCUGGGAGGAAGAGAAGGCCUCCUGGGAGGAAGAGAAGGCCUCCUGGGAGAAACUGAAGGCCUCCUGGGAGGAAGAGAAGACCUCUUGGGAGGAAGAGAAGGCCUCCUGGGAGAAAGAGAAGGCCUCCUGGGAGAAACUGAAGGCCUAUUUUUUGAGUGAGCUGCACCGGGUGAGAGAAUACAACCAGAAGAUGAUCUCGGAAAAUAAGGCCUUGGAGAUCAGAGAAGAAGAGCUUCAGAAUGAGCACCAGAAGAUUCUGGAGCAGACAGUGGAAAUGUGGGAGAAGAAGGAAGCUGUAGCGUUGAAGAAGCAGCAGAAGCUAAUGGAGAUUUUACGAUGCUAUGGAUGGAAAGCUCAGGUCUGA